AUGGAAUUUACAUCUCAUAGUUCUGAGGAGAAUUCCUCAGAUGCAUCUGCCCAAGAACUCCGUAGUGUCGUUGGGAUAGCCGUUCCAGCAAUCGCAUUAAUCUGUAUCAUUAUACUUUCGAUAUUGGGUAACUUGGCUGUAAUCAUAGCGGUACUGAGGACCCCUUGCUUACGGGAAAAACCUUCGAGUACAUUCCUCAUCAGUUUGAGCUUUGCGGACUUGAUGAAUGGUAUUUUGGUGAUGCCAAGUUCCCUGGCCGCUCUUCUAGCAGACGGUUGGCGGUUUGGUAUGACUUUGUGCUACAUCCAGUGCGGCCUUACCUACUGCUUCAUCAUCGUGUCGAUGGUAACUCUAGCGUGUAUAAGCAUUGACGGGUAUUUCGCAGUGAAACACCCGUUGCGCUAUCACAGCAUCGUCACCCCACGAGUAACCAGGGUGGCCGUGGCAUAUACCUGGUUGAAAGGUCUGGCUUUCGCCGCGGUCCCGGCCAUCAACACCUGGAUUGUCUAUGACUAUUGGGAAGUGGCGUGUGCUAUUGAGUGGGAUAACGACAUCUAUUGGAAAGCCACUCGAGCCUACGUCCUCGUAGCGUUUAUAUUGUGCUUUCUGAGCUCAAUAUGCAUUAUGAUAUUCUGCUACGUACACAUCGGCUGCGCUGCGAGGACCAACUCGACCUGGCCCCUCCAGCAGCACUCACGACGUACACAUCGCCAGAUCUCCAAGAAUUUGAAAGUGGUGCAAAGCUUAGCAAUUGUGGUCACCAUCUUCUUUGUUUGUACGGCGCCGUUUUGCUUCACAAAGGUCCUCAAGAUGUUCCUCACCAGCAGUUACGUGCCUUCGUAUCUCAAUCUCAUCGCAUCGUGGUUCUCUUAUAUCUCGUGCGCAACCAACCCUUUCAUCUACGGCAUAUUCCGUAAGGAUUUUCGCCGCGCGUUCGUGAAGUUGUUCUGCCGCCAAACAAACGCCCCGGUGACGCACGACCGGCGGAGAGGGAAUCUGACCGGGACGGGGCGACCCGAUGGUGGAGGGAGGCGAGGUGUCGGUGAAAUAAAUUCUUUAAGAGUUUCAUCCGUGUCAGGGCAGAACAACGAGGACUUAUUUCGAACAAGCUCAAUGUUUUAA